CUUUAACCACCAACGACUUGCUACAAUGAAGCUGUUGAUGAUCACCGUGAGUGUUGGUCUCCUGUUGGGCUCUUGCACGGCAGAUGGCGGCUCCAGCUAUGGCCCUGCAGGUGGCAGCUUUUCACGUGGAACCCACGGAGGAGGCGGUUCUGGCGGUGGCGGUAGUCGUGGGUUCAACGGCGGUUCAUACUCCAGGGGCGGCUCUCAUGGUGUAAUUGGAGGCGGUCAAGGGUUCAUCGGAGGUUCCAGUGGGGGCCAGGGCUUCACCGGAGGUUCCUCAGGAGGCUUUUCAUCUGGCAGUAGCGGUGGAUCCUAUAACGGAGGGUCUGUUGGAGGUUCUUUCACAGGAGGCCGUGGAGGAUUUCCAGGUUCAUCGGGAGCUAAUAACUUUAUAUCCUCCGGGGGUGGAUCACGAGGGUAUGGUUCCACAGGGGUUCAGGGUGGUUCCUCCGGUGGCCAAGGGGGAUCAUUUGGUUCUUCUGGUAGUUCCUUCGGUGGUCAGGGUGGCGGCUACAGAAGUCGAGGUUCCUCUGGCAGCUAUGGGGGCCGCUGAGCUGACAUCCAUAGAAGUAACGAUGAAGUAUAAUGAUAUCCUCUAAUUCCUUUAUACAAUGAAUAGAAAGAACCUAAAUAAAAAGAGAUGCAGAAUGAA